CUGACUGCCCGGAGAGUUGCCACAUCAAUUCUGCCCAGCCUCCCUCUCGAUAGAAUAGACAUUUUAACUAGUUUACAGAGAGUUAAUCAACAGCUGGGAACACUGGAGAUAUCCCCAACAUUUGGAGACACUCAAUCACUUGCCUGACUCUUAGGCUCUGUGACCGAGAGUUGACCGGUCAUAAAACUGAGAAUGAGUGCAGCAGCACAUUCUUUAAAGGAGAUAACGAGUCAGGGUUGGUUAUAAACGUCAACAGUUAAAUAUCUUGUGAGUAAGACAGAAUUAUUCCCUCACAACUUGGACAUCUGAAGAAAAAUGAUGAUAUGUCAUAGCUUUAUGUCUAAAUACUCUUAUUGCACUUUGUUAAUGACAUAACACACCCUGCCUAUCACACAAAGAAUUGUUGAAUGCAGUUUAACCUGUCGCUUCCUGCUAUAAAACAAACUGAGCUACACCCUAUCAAAGUAUUUGAUUGUUCCCUCCCCUUCACAUGUAGUAACAAGUAACAAGCAACAUGUUAAAUGAGAAAGCUGUUCUCAUUGGAGCUGUGCUCCUCAUUCUCUGCAGUGAGCGAGCAAAAGCAGAAGGAGAGGAGAUUUGUUGUCCGUCAGAGAUUGUUUCUGUUCAGAGAAAGUGGAUAUUUUACCUUCUGUCUGCAGUCCGUAACUAUCACUGAGAGGUGGGAUGGCGCAGGGAGGAGUUCAGCUGGACCGAGAAACCUUCUCUUGUUUCAUCUGUCUGGAUCUACUGAAGGAUCCGGUCACUAUUCCCUGUGGACACAGCUACUGCAUGAAGUGUAUUAAACACCACUGGGAUGGAGAGCUAAUCCACAGCUGCCCUCAGUGCAGGCAGAGCUUCACACCGAGGCCUGUCCUGCUGAAAAGCACCAUGUUAGCAGCUUUAGUGGAGGAGCUGAAGAAGACUGGACUCCAAGCUGCUCCUGCUGAUCUCUGCUAUGCUGGAGCUGAAGAUGUGGCCUGUGAUGUCUGCACUGGGAGAAAACUGAGAGCCUGUAAGUCCUGUCUUAUGUGUGUGGCCUCUUAUUGUGACAAACACCUCCAGUGUCAUAAUGAAUUACAUGUCUUGAAAAACCACAAGCUGGUGGAGCCCUCCAAGAAGCUCCAGGAGAACAUCUGCUCUCGUCACGACGAGGUGAUGAAGAUGUUCUGCCGCACUGAUCAGCAGAGUAUCUGUUAUCUCUGCUCUGUGGACAAACACAAAGGCCACGACACGGUGUCAGCUGCAGCAGAGAGGACUGAGAGGCAGAGAGAGCUGGAGGGGAGUCGACUAAACAUCCAGCAGAGAAUCCAGGACAGAGAGAAGGAGGUGAAGCUGCUUCAGCAGGAGGUGGAGGCUGUCAAUGGCUCUGCUGAUAAAGCAGUGGAGGACAGUGAGAAGACGUUCACUGAGCUGAUCCGUCUCAUGGAGAAAAGAAGCUUUGAUGUGAAGCAGCAGGUCAGAUCCCAGCAGAAGAGAGAAGUGAGUCGAGUCAGAGAGCUCCAGGAGAAGCUGGAGCAGGAGAUGGCUGAGCUGAAGAGGAGAGACGCUGAGCUGAAGCUGCUGUCUCUCACAGAGGAUCAUAACCAGUUUCUGCACAGCUACCCCUCACUGCCAGCCCUCAGUGAAGCUACACACUCCUCCAGCAUCAACAUCCGUCCUCUGAGCUACUUUGAGGACGUGACGGCGGCCCUGUCAGCAGUCAGAGACAAACUACAGGACGUCCUGAGAGAGGAAUGGACAAACGUCUCACUGCCUGAAGUGGAGGUUUUACUGUCAGCAGCAGAGCCCACCACCAGAGCUGGGUUCUUAAAAUAUUCACAGGAAAUCACACUGGAUCCAAACACAGCAUACACACAGCUGUUAUUAUCUGAGGGGAGCAGAAAAGCAACACUCAUGGGACAAGAACAGUCUUAUUCUAGUCACCCAGACAGAUUCACAAAUUGUGUUCAGGUCCUGAGUAGAGAGAGUCUGACUGGACGUUGUUACUGGGAGGUGGAGUGGAGAGGCAGAGAAGUUGAUGUAGCAGUCGCAUACAAGAAUAUCAGUAGAGCAGGGAGUGGGGGUGAAUGUGCAUUUGGACGCAAUGACAAAUCUUGGUCAUUAGAGUGUAAACAAAACAGUUAUUCAUUUCGUUACAACAAUAUCAACACUCCUGUCUCAGGUCCUCAGUCCUCCAGAGUAGGAGUGUACCUGGAUCACAGAGCAGGUAUUCUGUCCUUCUACAGCGUCUCUGAAACCAUGACUCUCCUCCACAGAGUCCAGACCACAUUUACUCAGCCGCUACAUGCUGGAUUUUGGCCUUAUGGUUAUGGAACCACAGCUGAGUUUUGUAAACUGAAAUAGCCUGAAGUAAUUUGAGGAACUCUUCUACUUCUUAAACUCAUUGUGUCCAUCAUUGUUGCUGAGAGCUGAUUGUUCAUGUCGUCACCGCACAGAGAUCAGAGGCCUGUACUACGAAGCCGGUUCAACAUAACCUGGAUAUGUUUGAGUUAGCCAGUUGGCCUAAUCCAAAAUAUACGCGUUCUCGCAAAACGGUCCUUCGACGCGGGUUAUCAAGUGGAUUGCU